AUGUUAACAGUGAGUGAGGUGCUGGUAUUUUUUGUGCUGUCUCUGCUAUUAAUAGAGUUUCUGAAAUUGCAAUGGAUGCGAAGACAUUUUCCUCCUGGGCCAACUCCAUAUCCCUUCUUUGGAAAUCUGCUGCAGAUGAACUUCAAAAUUCAUCAUGAGCAUCUUAAAAAAAUGGCCAAAAUUCAUGGCAAUAUCUUCACCUUAUGGCUUUCAAACACUCCUGCAGUUGUCUUGCAAGGGUUUCAGGCAGUGAAGGAAGGUCUGACUGCCCAUGCUGAAGAUGUUGCUGGAAGGCCCGAAGAGAGAAUCUUUCAAUUCCUAACACGUGGCAAAGGUGUUUUGUUCUCUAAUGGACAUCUCUGGAAGCAGCAGAGGCGUUUUGGAAUGGCAACAAUGAGGAAGAUGGGAUUAGGGAAAAAAGAGAAGGAUUAUCUACUGCAAGAGGAGGCUGCUCUCUUGGUGGAAUACUUACAGAAAACAAAUGGAAAACCUCUGGACCCCACUAUGCCUGUUGUUCAUAUGGUCGCAAAUGUCAUUUGUUCAAUCAUGUUUGGACAUCGUUUCUCCAGGGAUGAUGAGAAUUUUCACCGCCUGAUUGAGUCCUUUGACUACCUGGCAGCAUUUUUGAACAGCGUCUCUUUUUUUAUGUAUGAGUUGUCUCCCUGGCUUGCUGGUCACUUUCUGCCAUCAGUUAAAAAGAUGAAGUCCUGCAGAGAGUUUUUGGAUAUUCUGUUUGUAAAGGAACUUGAAAGUCUCAAAGGAAAAAGAAACCUUGAUGAAAAUCGACAUUUUAUUGAUUACUAUUUGGAUGAGAUAGAUAAAACUAAAGGAGAUCCUGAUGCAACUUUUGAUGAAGAAAACUUGAUCCAGGUUGUUGCUGACCUCUUUGUAGCAGGCAUAGAAACCACAGCCACCACUUUACUGUGGGCAUUGCUCUAUAUGGUGAUUUAUCCUGACAUUCAAGAGAAAGUCCAGAAGGAGCUGGAUGCUGUUGUGGGUUGUUCCCAUGCGUUUUGCUAUGAGGACAGGAAAAGGUUGCCCUACACAAAUGCUGUAAUUCACGAGAUCCAGAGAUACAGUAACAUACUCUUAAUUGCACUGCCCAGAAUGAGUGUGAAGGACACAGAGCUGCUGGGAUAUCGCAUUCCAAAGAACACAGUAGUUUUAGCAAAUAUUGACUCUGUUCUGGCUGAUCCUGGCAAAUGGGAGACACCCGAUCAGUUCAACCCAGGCCACUUUCUGGAUAAAGAUGGAAACUUUGUAAACAGAGAAGCAUUCUUACCAUUUGCUAUAGGGCACCGUGUGUGCAUGGGGGAGCUGUUGGCAAGGAUGGAGCUCUUUAUUGUCUUUUCCACCUUGCUACAAGCAUUCACAUUCACCCUGCCAGAAGGAGUGAAGGAAGUCAACACCAAGUUUGUUUUUGGGAGCACAAUGAAGCCUCCUCCCUACCAGAUCUGUGCCAUUCCUCGAUAGGAAAUGGCAGAUUCAGGGAAGAGUCACUCUGUAAAACGGCUUCUUUGUGAAUUCCUUCUUGCAUGUCCUAAGAUUUUUGCUUUCCUCUUCAUUUGGUUAAUCACUACCCUGAAAGAUUCUUGACAGACAGUUGCAUCCUGAGCAUCAUAAUUAUGAAGGGUUGAUAUUUUGUUCUUUUUUUUUUUUCUGUUUGGAAAAUAUUGGUAAACUGUGUAACAAAUAAAGGCAUUAAGGGAAGAAUCAGAAUUGGGACUUACAUAUUACCGACUGGAAAGUGGUUUUACAGAGAAUGAUCUUGAACUGUAGUCUAUGAAUUGGAAAUCUCAUUAAUAAAGAUUUCUUCUCAUAAGCCACAGUUGCAUUUGUGAAGAUAGGCUUAGAGGUCUUCCAGUCUGUCUCAGGAUAUUAGUGGGUGCAGGAGGUAAAAGAAGCUCUUGCAGGGAGCUUUCUAGGGCAGAUAACACAUUCCCUUAGAUUGAUAUGGUUUGCUGUUGAGCAAGGCUGUUGUUUACAACUCUGUCAUUGUCACUUGGGAAGACAGUUCAGGGUUUCACCCACUAAACCAGAUAGAAUUUCAACCCUUCUGAUGAAAAUAGAAGAGUGGCUUUAUCAGGCAGUUGUGGAGAGCUUUUCACAAGCCAAGAGCCAGGACUGGAAGACAAAUGACAACAGUGAGCAGUCACAGAGUGAUGAUACUUUAUCCUUUUUUAUGAGCCCAUAGGUUGCCAGCAACAUGGGAACUUCGUGCCAGGUAGUCUACUUAUGAUGAUUGCUCCAGAUCCUCCAAAAAUUUAUUCAGCUUAAUUUAUGCUUUCAUUUCUUAAAAUGGAUUCUUUAUCACAGUUAGAUGACUUAGCACACCACGACCAAGAGCAGAUUUGGCACUACUGAAGAAUUCUGGAAGUCUUUAUGAACCAGGUGCCUAAGGACUUGGCAGAAGUGGAGGUUUUUUGCUGGUUUGCUUAC